GCUAAACCGACGAUGAUGUGCCCCCUAGUUCCCGACGAUCUAGUGGAAGAAAUCUUGCUAGAACUGCCACUGAAAUCAAUCCUCAGAUUCAAGACCUUAUCAAAACAAUGGAGAUCAACACUGGAGUCGAGGAGCUUUGCGGAGAGGCGUAUGAAUUCGAAGAAAGUUCCAAAGAAGCUGAAAAUCAUGGCGGCCGGAGACCGAAACCUGUUCGAAGGGGACGAAGAGGUCGAGAUGAUCUACCUAAACUGCGAUGUCGCCUCACGUCCGUCGCUUUCAUGUGACGGUCUGCUUUGCAUCCCCGUACCUGGCUGGAUCAACAUUUUGAACCCUUCCACCGGAGAAUUCCUUAGAUUCCCUUCUGGACCAGAUCCACUCAUAAUCGACAGCUUGAAGCACGUCGAUGCAAGGUUUGAUGUAUUCCCUGGAUGUUGGACGAUGGGAUUUGGUAGGGAUAAAGUCAGUGGGAGCUAUAAAGUAGUGAGGUUUUUGUUCGAUAGUUACCAUUACCAACACUGUUACUGCGAGAUUCUUGAUGUUAACAUUGGGGAAUGGCGGAAACUGAGUACGCCUCCUCCUUACUAUAUGGGAUAUAGUAACAAGUCCGCUUGUGUUGAUGGCUCCAUCUACUGGUUACAAGUUAUCGUUAGUUUCAAGAUACUAGCUUUCGAUCUUCACACGGAAGAGUUUCGUGAUGUCCCAAGACCUGAUGAAGUUUACGAAAAUUCAGGCUCAGGCCAAGGCCAACUAGUGAACCUUGAAGACCGUCUAGCACUAGCUUUAACCUAUACUACGAGAUUUCAUUGGAAUGUUAAGAUAUGGACCAUGGAUGCACACGAACUAACAUGGAGUGUCACUUACUCCAUACGUUUAUUCCCUAAAGAGAUGUGCUCAAUUAAUAUGAUGUUGUGGGACUUGCCAUUGUGGUUUUGGACUAGGCCAGUCGCUGUUUCUAAGCGUGGGAAUCUUCUCUUCCAUGAUAAUGAGAAGAGGCUAUUCAAAUAUUAUCCAGAGACUGACGAGGUGCGUGUCGUCCACAGAGGCAUUUGUGUUAUUUCUCCCUUUGUUGAGAAUUUGCUUCCACUUCCACGAAUUUCGGAUUCUGUUCCCGAAACCAGGACAUAUGGAUUGCAAUAUCUAGAUCACCCGCCGAGAUUCCAGAAGAUAUCCGAUUUUCUAAGACGACUCGAAACCCCAAAUGUUUUGCUUACCACCGCUGCUUUGGCUCUUGUGGCUCUUGUUUUAUUUUCUUAGACAUGGGAUUUUAUUAGUAUUUAGAUCACUUGCCCGAGCGAGGUGUUAGAUAGUAGUAUUUUUAUUA